AUGGCUGCUCAGGGCCACCCAGAGGCAAGCAGGCCGAAAACCGAAGUCCAGCCAUGCAGGUAUAAAACAGGGAAGACACUAGGAGCUGGGUCUUAUUCUGUCGUGAAAGAGUGUGUCCACAUUGAUACUGGCCGGUAUUACGCUGCAAAAGUUAUCAAUAAACGGUUGAUGACUGGACGAGAGCACAUGAAUAUCCUUACCCUGGUGGACUAUUUCGAGACCAUGAACAAUCUGUACCUCGUCACAGACCUAGCCUUGGGAGGAGAACUGUUCGAUAGAAUUUGCCGAAAAGGAAGCUACUACGAGUCCGAUGCAGCUGACCUUAUCCGUGCAACACUAUCCGCGGUAGCAUACCUUCACGAUCAUGGAAUAGUCCACAGGGACUUAAAACCAGAGAAUCUCCUGUUCCGUACACCAGAAGAUAAUGCCGACCUUCUAAUCGCCGAUUUUGGACUUUCGAGGAUAAUGGAUGAAGAGCAGUUCCAUGUCUUGACAACCACAUGCGGCACCCCAGGGUACAUGGCCCCAGAGAUUUUCAAAAAGAGUGGACAUGGAAAGCCUGUGGAUAUCUGGGCUAUUGGAGUUAUCACUUACUUCCUCCUCUGUGGUUAUAUGCCUUUUGACCGUGACUCCAACGUUGAAGAGAUGCAGGCCAUUUUGGUAGCCGAUUACUCAUUCACUCCAGAAGACUACUGGCGCAAUGUAUCUCCCACUGCGUGCGAGUUCAUUAAUCGAUGCCUUACAACUGACCCUCUUGCUCGUAUUACCUCUCAUGAAGCCCUACAGCACCCUUGGAUUAACCCUCCAGCCGAUCCAUUGAACCCCGAAGCCACUGGAAAAACUGGUACUGGUGAGGACCUCCUACCAGUUGUCAAGAAGAACUUCAAUGCCCGGCGUACAUUGCACAAGGCCAUUGAUACCGUUCGUGCUAUCAACAAGUUGAGAGAAGGCGGCGGCUUGAUGAUGGACGGUGCAAUGAGCAUUGAUCCAAGACCAGAAAGGGUCAAUGGCGAUCAGGUUACGCCCGAGAACGGAGGUCACGAUGGCCAUAUGGAGAUUGAUAGUAGGGGAAACGCUAGGGGCCAGACUGAGGAGCAGAUCAGAGAACAAGAGAAGAGAGUUAAAAACGUGGUUACAGGGUUGUGGAACCAGUCUGCUGCUGGACGGCGGUAA